CAAUCGGCGUUCAGUUCGGGCGUGUUCCAGUAGUUCCAUUGCAUUCUGGACCAGCAGCGUGGGCACUCACACGGCGGUGUGUUUGGGAUCUGAUAACAAAGGCAUUCUGCGACGUUAGCUGCUUCUAAAGAAGAUUCGGAAUGGAUUCUUCUUUGAGUGCUGCUCAAAUCCGCCAGAAGUUUAUAGACUUCUUCAAUCGCUAUGAGCACCAGUACGUGCACUCUUCAUCCACCAUCCCGCUGGAUGACCCCACGCUGCUGUUCGCUAAUGCGGGCAUGAACCAGUUCAAGCCCAUCUUCCUCAACACGAUUGAUCCGUCCCACCCCAUGGCAAGGCUACGUCGCGCAGCCAACACCCAAAAGUGUAUCCGUGCAGGAGGGAAACACAACGACCUGGACGAUGUGGGUAAAGAUGUUUACCACCACACAUUCUUCGAGAUGUUGGGAUCCUGGUCUUUUGGCGACUACUUUAAGCAUCUGGCUUGUAAGAUGGCCCUGGAGCUACUGACCGAAGAGUUUGGCAUUUCCAUUGACCGCCUUUAUGUCACCUACUUCGGUGGCAACGAUGACGCAGGCCUGGAGGCCGACUUGGAGUGCAAAGAAAUCUGGAUGUCUCUUGGCAUGGAGGAAUCGCGCAUCCUGCCAGGCAGCAUGAAGGACAACUUCUGGGAGAUGGGAGAUACUGGCCCCUGUGGUCCUUGCAGUGAGAUCCACUACGACCGCAUUGGAGGGCGAGAUGCCUCCCACCUGGUGAACAUGGAUGACCCCAACGUCCUGGAAGUCUGGAACCUUGUGUUCAUCCAAUUCAACAGGGAGUCUGAGACGGUGCUGAAACCGCUUCCAAAGAAGAGCAUCGACACAGGGAUGGGUCUGGAGCGCUUGGUGUCUGUGCUGCAGAACAAGAUGUCCAACUAUGACACUGACCUCUUCAUCCCAUACUUUGAAGCUAUUCAGAAGGGCACUGGUGCUCGGCCAUACACAGGUAAAGUAGGGGCCGAGGAUGUUGAUGGUGUUGACAUGGCCUACCGUGUGCUGGCUGAUCACGCUCGCACCAUCACCAUCGCCCUUUCGGAUGGUGGGCGGCCUGACAACACUGGAAGAGGGUAUGUUUUGCGGCGAAUCUUGCGUCGCGCCGUGCGCUAUUCCCAUGAAAAGUUGGGCGCUAAGAAAGGCUUUUUUGCAUCUCUUGUGGACGUGGUGGUCAAUUCCCUGGGUGACGCAUUUCCCGAAUUGAAGAAAGACCCAGAAAUUGUGAAGGACAUUAUAAAUGAAGAGGAGGCGCAGUUCCUCAAAACUCUCACCAGGGGGCGACGCAUCCUUGAUAGGAAGAUCAUGAGUAUGGGAGACAGUAAAACGCUCCCAGGUGACACCGCAUGGCUCUUGUAUGACACUUAUGGCUUCCCUCUGGACUUGACCUCCCUCAUCGCAGAGGAGAAAGGCAUGGUGGUGGACUUGGCUUCCUUUGAGGAGGAGAAGAAGGCUGCACAGUUGAAGUCCCAGGGUAAGGGUGCAGGAGACGUGGACCACAUCAUGUUGGACAUCUAUGCCAUUGAAGAGCUGAGGAACAAGAACAUCCCCCCCACAGAUGAUUCUCCCAAAUAUAAAUACACCUCGAAUGAAAAUGGCACCUAUGAGUUCCAACAGACCUCUGCCACGGUGUUGGCCCUGCGGCGCGACCGCGACUUCUGCGACGAAGUGACCACUGGUCAGAAAUGUGGUGUGCUGCUGGAUCAGACCUCUUUCUACGCCGAGCAGGGUGGACAGACCUUUGACGAAGGCUACCUGCUUCGAGAGGAUGAUAACUCUGAGGAUCGAAUGGAGUUCUCUGUGAAGAACACGCAAGUUAGAGGAGGUUAUGUUCUACAUGUGGGCACAAUUUACGGAACAUUGAAGGUUGGCGACCGUGUCACCUUACACGUGGACGAGGCCCGCCGCAGGCCCAUCAUGAGCAACCACACUGCUACACACAUACUCAACUUUGCUCUCAGGGGAGUUUUGGGCGAGGCAGACCAAAGGGGCUCUUUGGUGGCGUCAGACAGACUUCGCUUUGACUUCACUGCUAAAGGUGCCCUGAGCACAGGGGAGGUCCGUCGGACAGAGGAGAUCGCCUGUGCUAUGAUAAGCGAUGCCAAGCCUGUGUACGCCAUGGAGGCCUCCCUUGCAGAAGCCAAGGCCAUUCAGGGUCUGCGCGCUGUGUUCGAUGAGACGUACCCUGACCCUGUGAGGGUUGUGUCCAUCGGCAUCCCCGUUCAGGACCUGCUGGACGACCCCAACGGUGCUGCUGGUUCCCUCACCUCCAUUGAGUUUUGCGGUGGAACGCAUCUGCAGAACUCAGCUCAUGCUGCGCCCUUUGUCAUUGUCUCAGAGGAGGCCAUCGCUAAGGGCAUCCGUCGGAUUGUUGCCGUGACAGGAAACGAAGCCCAGAAGGCUCAGAGGAAAGCAGAGAUGCUCAACCAAGCUCUGACCGCCCUGGCAGACAAAGUAAAGCAGCAAACGGUUCCCAACAAAGACAUACAGAAAGAGAUUGCUGAUAUGACAGAGUCCAUCGGCACCGCAGUGAUUUCCCAGUGGCGGAAGGAUGAGAUGAGGGACACCCUGAAGUGUCUGAAGAAGACCAUGGAUGACCUGGACCGCUCCUACAAGGCGGACAUCCAGAAAAGAGUCCUGGAGAAGACCAAGGAGGUGAUCGAGAGCAGCCCCAAUCAAGCACUGCUGGUCAUGGCCAUGGAAACCGGGGCUUCAGCCAAGGCCCUCAACGAGUGCCUGAAGGUGCUGAAGGCCAGCUCCCCUCAGACCGCCGCCAUGCUCUUCGCCGUGGACCCCGAUGCCGGCAAGGUCAUCUGCUUGUGUGAAGUCCCUCAGGAGAAAGCCAACCGCGGACUGAAGGCUAACGAGUGGGUCCAGAAGUUGUGCCCCCUGAUGGACGGCAAAGGAGGCGGCAAGGACAUGUCUGCACAGGCCGCUGGUCGCAACACAGAGUGUCUCCAGGAGGCGCUACAGAUGGCCAAACAGUUUGCAACUCUCAAGCUGGGGGAGAAUUAAAAUGUGGGCUGGGAGUCAGGAAGAGGAGUCAGUGAAGGGUCAUGCUCUAAAUGAUGGGUGGAAGAUGGGAGCAUCAUCUAAUCUACUCCUGUCAGGCUGAUCCAGAAUGGAGCAGCACCUUUUUUGGUUUCUCGCUCUUUCUUUGCUGGCCUGUGACCACUAUUGAGACUGGGUUUGUUCACCUAAACCUCACUCAAAAUGUAUCUCUGUGGAAAUUACACUAAUUUGAAGUAAAUUCAUGACAUCUCACAAUUUACACUGACUGGACAUAAUAGGGAGUAGAGAAGGCCUGUGAUUUAAUUUGCUUGCUUGCUUACAGAGGACAUGAAAGGUAAUUCAGGAUCCCGGAGUUGUCUCUGGGUUGUGCAGAAUAGUGACAGUUUUGCACUUGACUUUACUGUUUGGAGCAUUAACUUCUCAUGAGUCUGUAUUGCCUUGCCCCUGUUUAUCUUGAUGUACACUAGUAGAUGUUGAACAACA